UCAAAAAUAAACAAUAGUCUAACCCAAAAUUGAAAUGUGGCAAGGGUUCACAAACCUUCACAAUAUAUAUAAAAUAAGAAUAUGCUGUAAGAACAACUGAACAUUUAAAAGCAAUGGGGCAUAUGCAGAAAAUAGGUGAGGGUUUCUUGAGAAGUAUUUUGUUACAAAGUGGCUUUGUGAGCGUUUAAAAUACUGGAUUUUUUACUCUGUGCAAAAUGUGGUGUGGGUUUUAAAAUGGUUAAAAAGUUGGUUUUGAUGUUUAAAUUGUUUGUGAUUUAGGGGUAUAUGCAGGAGAUAUUGCAGGCGACCAGCUUGACUUAACAGUGAAAUCCUUGCUGAUCUUAAAUACAAAAAAGAAGCUUACAAGAAGUGGAAGAUUGGACAAAUGACCAGGGAUGAGUAUAAAAAUAUUGCUCGGGCAUGCAGGAGUGAAAUCAGGAAGGCCAAAUCACACCUGGAGUUGCAGCUAGCAAGAGAUGUUAAGAGUAACAAGAAGGGUUUCUUCAGGUAUGUUAGCAACAAGAAGAAAGUCAAGGAAAGUGUGGGCCCCUUACUGAAUGAGGGAGGCAACCUAGUGACAGAGGAUGUGGAAAAAGCUAAUGUACUCAAUGCUUUUUUGCCUCUGUCUUCACAAACAAGGUCACCUCCCAGACUACUGCACUGGGCAGCACGGCAUGGGGAGGAGAUGAGCAGCCCUCUGUGGAGAAAGAAGUGGUUCGGGACUAUUUAGAAAAGCUGGACAUGCAUAAGUCCACGGGGCCAGAUGAGUUGCAUCCGAGAGUGCUAAAGGAGUUGGCGGCUGUGAUUGCAGAGCCAUUGGCCAUUAUCUUUGAAAACUCAUGGCGAUCGGGGGAAGUCCCGGACGACUGGAAAAAGGCUAAUGUAGUGCCCAUCUUUAAAAAAGGGAAAAAGGAGGAUCCUGGGAACUACAGGCCAGUAAGCCUCACCUCAGUCCCUGGAAAAAUCAUGGAGCAGGUCCUCAAGGAAUCAAUUCUGAAGCACUUAGAGGAGAGGAAAGUGAUCAGGAACAGCCAGCAUGGAUUCACCAAGGGCAAGAUCUAUAAUCACCCGCCGCCCCAGGGCAAUCAGAGCUGUGUGGAGCAGGGACUGACACAAACAUCCAGUAUGUUCAAAACAAGACAGACUCUAGACCAGAGUGUAAACAAGCUCAGAAGAAAAAAAAAAGACACAAUGGAAAAGAAGAAUUCUCCAGCAUCAACAACCGACAGACAUUUGAACCCUAGCCUGUGCAACUCACCUGAUGAUGCCAUAGUCAGAGCUACGGAGAUGAGACACUGCCAACGCAACCAACAAAGAACCAGAAAUCUCCUCUGCAACCUUGUGCUGGGGUGUCUACCCCAUACAAGUCCUGAAGGGGUUAAGGUGGCUAGGUGGCAGCUGGAGAAGGAGUCGGGGCAAUGAGGAUUAAUUAGAGGUGAAGAUCAGCUGGACAGGAACAGAAGGAGCCAGUAUAAAGCCCAGUAGCUGGGAGCAGAAAAGGGCUGCAGAAAGGGAGGCUGCAGUCAGUCUCAGAGUGAGUAAAGGCAAGGCAGGAAGUAGCCCAGGAAUACAGCAAUAAGGUUUAGGACUGUGCAGACCUUGAUUUCUUGUUGUAGACUCCCUGGACUGGAACCCAGUGUUGAGGGUGGGCUUGCGUUCCCCUACUGGACACUGGAGAAGAGACACCAUUAAGAGAGCAGUGAAUGGAAAGACUACCUGGGACAGUGGGGUCCCAAGAGACUUUGAUAUAUGCACUCCACUGGAAGGAGAAAACUAUAGUGACCUGGCUGGAGGGCCAAGCAAUGAAGUGGGAGUAGUUGAGUCCUGAGUGAGUGAGACACAGGGAGAGUGAUGGAGUGUGGAGCCCUGAAGCAGGACUAGGAUCCCGAGGACCCACUGCCAUAAUAGCAGGAGCGGGCAAAAUGUACUUUGUUGCGGGUGGAAUUGGGUGGGCAAAAAAAAACAGACUGCAGUAAUUUGUGGGAAAACACUAAAUCUCUUGUCAGUUUGUCAUAAAUAGAAUUUCAGCAAUGUAAAACAAGAUUUUCCUUUUUUUUU